CCGCAUUUCGACGCGGACAAAAGAGCGUUCCGUAUGAAAGCAGAAAAAUAAGCAUUUGGCUGUGUCAUUCACGCAUAAACUGUUCUGGUCACAGCUACUUUCUCAGAAGGAACUGGUGGUCAAGGUUGGCACACGCAAUGAGUUUUCUGAAGCAUUUCGAUCCUUGUAUGAUACCUCGGACGAGGGUUGAACUCCAUCUUCACUUGGAUGGCUCUAUACGACACGAAACAAUAUGGGAACUUGCACAAAAAAAGAAAAUCAACCUUGGAGUUAAAUCCCUCGCUGACCUCAAAACGAAGCUCAUUAAGGUGGACUCGACUACCCUUGCAGACUUUCUCGAUCGCUUUGCGGUAUUUAUGCCAACUGUUGUCGGUGAUUUGGAAGCUGUCGAAAGAAUUUCGUAUGAACUAUGCGAAGACCAAGCGAGAGAGGGCGUUGCGUACUUCGAGGCCCGUUAUUCUCCCCAUUUCCUGGCAUCGAAAGAAAAUAAUGUGACGCCAAAGCAAGUCGUUGAAGCUGUUAACUGCGGCCUGAGAAGAGGGCAGUGCGAUUUUCAGAUAAAGGUUCGAUCGAUUCUCGCUUGCGUCAUUGCCAACGAUGAAUGGUCACGAGAAUGUUUGAAAUUCUGUGAAGAAUACCAAAACAAAGGCGUUGUUGGCAUCGACGUUGCAAAGGACGAAGCAAGAACGCCUGAAUUUACGAAGGGAGAACUUCAAGUGUUCGAGAGAGCAAAACACCUGGGCAUUGGCAGAACGGCACAUGCCGGUGAAAGUGGUGGCUACCAAUCAGUCAUGGACGCAAUGGUCAAGCUCUACUGCGACAGGGUUGGCCACGGAUACAGAGUUUUCCAGGAUCCUACCGGGAAAACAUUCAAGAUGGCGCAGGAAAAGAACCUCCACUUUGAGACCUGCCCUUACUCCAGCGUCUUAACCGGUGGCUGCCCUCUGAGCUCGCAAAAGCACUCAAUUAUCAGGCUCGCGGAAGAAAACGCCAACUUCUCGAUAAGUAAAGAUGAUAGCACAAUCACUGGAAGUACUAUAGACGACGAAUAUGAUUUUCUAAGGCAGCUUGGCUUGACUGAGGCGCAUUUCAUCAGGGCGAAUCUGAACGCGGCUCGUUCAUGUUUCCUGUCCGAAGCGGAGAAGACAGAUCUGAUCGCAAGCCUCAAGGAAGAAUACGGCAUCAGUCCAAUGAAAGAGCCGGACAAAGUUCGCGUACGGCCCGUACAACCGGUGACGCCUGUACGGCCCCUGCCACCAAUACGGCCUACGCCACCGAUGAACCCUGGAGGCGCCCGUAAGAAGCGGGGUUUGUUGGCAAAACUGCUAUGUUGCCCCUCGUAUUAAAACAGUCACACUCACUUCUUUCACUUUGUUUCGCGAUGUUUGACUAUACAAUAAACACC